AUGAAAAGCAGGCAGAGGGAUGACACAGAGUGUCCUUUGUCCUGGUCAGAAAGCGAGCGGUCAGUCUUGAAGCUGAAUAUGCGCCACUUGUGUUAUUUUGGGGCUUGGCCUCUAUCAAGGUGCCGAUUAUACCACGUUUACACCAUCUUUAACUUUGCAAUGGGCAUCUGGUACGUUAGUGAGGGUUCGACAUCCUUCUUCUUCCUGUGGGGAGACAUGGAAGAAGCAACGCUGGUACUCAUAAGUACUUUCAACAUCGGGAGCAUCGUCGUCAAGAUGGCGCUUUUCGUGAGGCGCAGACGGCAGUACUUUGCCCUGGUCCGGCGAGUGGACGGUCUGAUGCUGGUGCAGAGCGAACUCUGCUCCCAGGACCCGGUCCUCGGUCACUUGCUGUGGCGCUCCAAGAGGACCGCGGCCCGCCUUACCACGGCCAUGCUGCUGCUCAUGGUCCAGUACGUCACGUGGUACCCCAUGCCGCUCAUCAUGAAAGGGGGUGCGCGCCGUUUGCCCCUAGCGCAGCAUCCCUGGGACAACAACAGCAAUUAUUACGUGCUGUCGUACGCCGCACAGUGCAUGGCCGGAGCGUGGAUUUCGCAGAUCAGCUUCGGCAUCGACUGCCUCUUCGUGUCCAUCAUGAUCCUGGUGGCCGCGCAGAUGAAGAUCCUCGCGUCGCGCGUGGCCCGUCUGAAGAUGCGUGGUGACGGAUUUUGGCACAAGCGGAACGCGAUUAAAAGUACCGGAGACAAUGUAUACAGAGAAUUGUGUCUCUGUAUUGAAACCCACCAGCAGCUUCUCAGGUUUGUUAAGGAAUUGGAGAACGCAAUGAGUCCCAUCGUAAUGACUCAGUUUGCCUGCAGUGUUCUCGUCACAUGUGUGACGCUGUUUCCGACAACAUACAGCACUGACUUCUCUGCUGUGAUUCGGUGUGCUGGAUUUCUGCCCGUUCCUUUAGGACAACUCUAUCUGUAUUGCUGGGCGGCUCACACCGUGUCAGAACAGGCGGAGGCCGUGUCAGCGGCGGCUUACAAAUGCGCUUGGGUGGAGGCGAGUGAGGGCUUCAAGCGAGCCCUGAGGAUCCUCAUCAACCGCGCCCAGAAGCCACUGGUGCUCACGGCAGGUCACCUCUACCCCAUCAACAGGGCUGCCUUUGUCUCGCUGGUGAAUUCGUCAUACACAUACUACGCACUGCUAUGUCAAAUCAACAAACGAUCAACAGUACGACCACUCUGA